AUGAGUAGCAAUAAGUUCGUUGUACGAAUAGCGAAUGCGCUUUUCAAGUCAUCACUGGCUACUAACAGCCCACCCGUUUAUCCAAAGAGGAUUAAGCAUUUUGAGGUUUUACCCAACGAAAAAUGGGUUAUAUGGGGACCUGGAAAGGGAAAGUUCUUGAAUAUACUGAAUAAUAAAUAUAUUUGCGAGCCUCCGUUAUCUUUGAGAUUUGGAUUUUUGAAGGAAAGUUCGAAUGUCCUGCCAAGAAUAGAGCAAGUCGCCUUCAAAGGGGUUAUGCCGACUGCUCAUUUAAGUGCUAGAUAUGAAUACUUCAAAGAUGACUACGAUCAAACAUGCAAACAGUUUAUAUUUGAUAAGGCGAGCGGAUCAAAUGCUGUUUCAUAUAAAGUUGAGACGAACAAUCGGAAAAUAAACAUGGAGCUAUAUAAUGCAUUAAUUAAAAACUUAAAACUAUCCAGUUUACAGGAUAGGUGGGUAAUGGGAUUAAGUAAUGGACAAAUGAGGAGAGCAAGAUUAGCCCGCAGCUUGCUCAAGGAACCCGAUCUGCUACUAAUUGACGAUCCAUUUUUAGGGUUGGAUCCUGGCGCAACAGCGACCAUUUCACAAUUUUUAGCCAAAUAUGACACUAUAGAAGUCAAUGGUGGAUGUCCAGUCGUCAUUGGUUUAAGGUAUCAAGACACUAUUCCAGCAUGGUGUACUCAUAUAUGUUGUGUCGAUGAACAGAAGGGUAUAUUGUUUGAAGGCCCCAUCGAAAAGCUCCAAAAUAGAAUAGAUGAAACCAGAUCAAGGGCACUAAAAGAACUACAACAGCUCAAGAAAGGGACUUCCAAAGAAGAGAUUUCCAUCAACGAUUUAAUUUGUACGCAUCCUAUGUUUGGCAAGAAAGACCACGAAAUUAUCAAAAUGCCUCACCUUAUAGAACUAGACGGACUGAGCGUUUCGUACAAAGGCGAAGCUAUUUUGGAAAACCUGCACUGGAAUGUUCAACCGGGUUCGAAAUGGCACAUAAGAGGUGACAAUGGAUCGGGUAAAUCAACCUUGUUAUCUUUGCUUACGGCGGAACAUCCUCAAUCGUGGAAUUCGAGGGUAAUUGAAAACGGUGUUCCACGGAGAACAGGUAAGACAAACUAUUUUGACAUAAACAGCAAAAUAGGUAUGUCAUCACCUGAAUUGCAUGCAAUUUUUUUGAAGAAUGCUGGAAGAAGGUUAAACAUUCGGGAAAGUGUUGCAACUGGCUACCGCGACGCAUCCUCUAAUAAUUACUUGCCAAUAUGGAAGCGCUUAGACAAAAAUGCCCAAGAAAUUGUGAAUAUGUAUUUGAAGUAUUUUAGCUUGGACCGAGAUGCCGAUAGUGUUUUAUUUGAACAAUUGUCUGUAAGCGAUCAGAAACUAGUCCUUUUUGUUAGGUGUUUGAUUAAGAUGCCGCAAAUAUUGAUCCUCGAUGAGGCCUUUUCUGGAAUGGAGGUGGAACCUAUGAUGCGCUGCCAUGAAUUUUUAGAGGAAUGGCCUGGAACAGUUCUUGUAGUGGCACAUGUUGCCGAGGAGACACCAAAAUGCGCCCAUUACUUAAGACUCAUAUCACCAGGAGAGUACGAAAUUGGCGAUAUAAAGAAUUAG